CAAAGUCAAAGCUCGAAGGGAAGAGAGAAGAGAAGGGAGGGAGAGGGUAGAGAAAAAAGUAUGGGGUGUUUCCCUUGCUUCGAUGGAGGAAACAAAGAAGAGCGAGAGGAGCAAGACCGAUUGGCCUCUGCCGAAGCUCGUGCCAAAGCCGCCGAGGCUGCUCAGAAAAGGCAAGAGCAGUUUGAACAGUCAGCUGCAGGAAGAGCUGCGCGUGCACAGAUACAAGCGGCUGCAAAGCAAUCUGCAAAUUCUAAUAAAGGCGAACCUGUUUUAAAGUGGCAGGUGGGUUGAAGUCUUGCUUAGUCUCUGUUCAGCCUAAACUGAUCAUGUAUAAAUUGGAAUAUACUCAGAUUGUAGUUUCCACAUUGCUGGUUCCUCUUGUUCUGAAGCAAGUGAUGUACUACAAAUGCAACAAUAAUCAAAUUCCUUUUUUUUUCUUUCGAGUGUAAUGUAUGAGAAAUCCAAGAUGAAGUCGAAACUGUAGUAUGAUGUUUUUCUUCUUUCUGUACAGCCUCAGCCUUUUUUUGAUUUCCUGUACAAACCCCCCACCCCGCUCCUCUCUAACUUCUCUGCAGGUAGUGUUUUAUAUGCCUAGUUUUUUCUGAUUUCAUGGCUGUUAUUAAUAUAGUAGAAAAAGUGUGCAUGUUGGUUAAA